UAAACCCAAGGAAAGUCUAGAGACAAAAUGGUCUACACCGAACGUACCGACAAGUGCUUGAGCAGCAACACCAAGGACAAACAGUCCUCGAAGAGUCAAAGCCACUCCAAGACUACUAAUGGCUCGGGAUCAGGAUCAGGAUCAGGAUCCUGGAGCAGUCAAGCCUCGAGUGCCGAAAAGUGGAAGUACAACAACAUGGUGAAUAACGAUCGCCAGCAGUUCAAUGGCAUGCAUUUCUCCUAAAUCGGAGGGAUAAUACCUAUUGAAAUGUGUCCCCAGUAAAAUGGGGAUCGGGGGAGUCGAUUGUUGUUGUUAUUUCGCUUUAAUAUAGCAGGGUUCGUUUAGUUUUGUAAGACUUUUUAUAGACUUAGGUAUUCCUAUGUGAUACAAAAAAUGAAACAAAUAUUACUCCAAUUGGUAAAACAAAUUAUAUUAGAAAUGAGAUGCGCAAAAAA